GCCGGCCGGGCCAAAGCAGAAGCCGAAACGCAGCCAACGAAGCCGGGAGGGAAAGCAAGGCAAGGCAGACAAACAGACAGACAGACGCGCGCGGGCGCGCGCUUGGCGAAGCAGCCAGGAGGAAGAAGAAGAGGAGGAGAAGGAGGCGGGAUUUUUCAAAAAAAAAUAUAUUUCGUCCUUGAUUGCACUUUGACCUCGGACUGCUCUACCUCAAACCUGAGAAAACUCCUGGCCUUUUGUUUCUUUUUACAACCGAUCGAUGGUCCUUCCUUCCUUCCUCUUCCGAUUUUUCGUCCUGCUCAGUUCGACUUGACUAUUGUUGUUGUUAUUAUUAUUAUUAUUAGCCGGCCUUUUGGAGAACUUCCCUUGCAAAACAUUCAUACAGCCCAGAAGGAAAGAAAAAGGACAUUAUUAUUAUUAAUAAUAAUAAUAACUUUUUUUUUUUUUUGGUUCUCGACUCACCAAAACCUCUGGACGGGGAAAAGGGGAACUCGCUGAUGAUGUGAUGAUGAUGAUGAUGACGAUGAUGAUUGGAACAAUUGAGAAGGAAAAGGCGGUUGGCGAGAUGCACUAAAGAGGGGCGUCUGUGGGGCACCCCCCACGCUCCGCGAUCCUGCCCCGACCUUGUUCAAGACCAGCUGCCAGCUUCUUUCAGGCUCUGCCAACCAACAGAGCCGGGAGGGGGCUCCUUUCUCUCUCUCUCUCUCUCUCUCUCUCUCUCUCUCUCUCUCUCUCUUUUUGCCUGCGCCUCCCGCCCCCCCCCAAAUUGGGGUCUUCGUUUGAGGCUUGGAGUUUGUGGACUCCUCGCCUUCGUUUCGUCCCCCUUGCUCUCUUGAAAUCCGGGAAGGACUUUUGAAGCACGGACUUUUUUUUCUCUCGGCCAACUUCGGCAUCGCCCUCUCCUCCGACACCCCCACCUCACCCCAGGACGCCCCCCCCUCCCCCACGCCCCAGCACGACCUCUAGCCAAAGACAAUGGUUCACUGCGCCGGCUGCAAAAGACCCAUCCUGGACCGCUUCCUGCUCAACGUCCUGGACCGGGCUUGGCACGUGAAAUGCGUCCAGUGCUGCGAAUGUAAAUGUAACUUGACGGAGAAAUGCUUUUCCAGAGAAGGAAAACUCUACUGUAAAAACGACUUCUUUAGGUGUUUUGGUACCAAGUGUGCCGGCUGUGCGCAGGGCAUCUCUCCGAGCGAUUUGGUCCGGAGGGCCAGAAGCAAAGUCUUUCAUUUGAACUGUUUCACUUGCAUGAUGUGCAACAAACAACUGUCCACCGGCGAGGAACUUUAUAUCAUCGACGAGAACAAAUUUGUCUGCAAAGAAGAUUAUCUGAACAACAGCAACUCUGCCAAAGAGAACAGUUUGCACUCAGCUACAACUGGUAGCGACCCCAGCCUGUCCCCGGAUUCGCAGGACCCCAGUCAGGAUGACGCCAAGGACUUGGAAAGCGCCAAUAUCUCCGACAAGGAGGUGGGCAGUAAUGAGAACGACGACCAAAACCUGGGGGCCAAACGGAGAGGUCCCCGCACCACCAUCAAAGCCAAGCAACUGGAGACCCUCAAAGCAGCCUUUGCCGCCACUCCCAAACCCACCCGGCACAUCCGUGAGCAGCUGGCACAGGAGACCGGCCUUAACAUGCGCGUCAUCCAGGUGUGGUUCCAGAACCGGCGUUCUAAGGAAAGGCGCAUGAAACAGCUGAGCGCACUCGGAGCCCGCAGGCACGCGUUUUUCCGCAGCCCCCGCCGCAUGAGACCGCUGGUGGACCGUUUGGAGCCCGGCGAACUCAUUCCCAACGGGCCGUUUUCUUUCUAUGGAGAUUAUCAGAGUGAAUAUUAUGGACCCGGAAGCAAUUAUGAUUUUUUCCCGCAAGGACCUCCAUCUUCCCAAGCGCAGACCCCAGUGGAUCUCCCCUUCGUACCCUCCUCAGGACCAUCAGGGACCCCACUUGGGGGGAUGGACCAUCCUUUACCUGGACAUCACCCUUCCAGCGAAGCUCAGCGUUUCACAGACAUCAUGUCCCACCCUCCCGGAGACUCACCUAGUCCAGAACCCAAUUUACCUGGCUCCUUGCACUCCAUGUCAGCAGAAGUCUUUGGACCAAGCCCUCCAUUUUCAUCCAUAUCGGUCAACGGAGGUGGUAACUACGGUAACCACUUGUCGCAUCCGCCGGAAAUGAAUGAGGCUGUUGUAUGGUAGCUUUAAAACACCUGGAACUUUCUUUGGAAGGCAUGGGUCAAGCAAUUUCCAUCCUGCAUAUACCAAGAUGUAUAGAAAUGAGUUCCAAGAAAUAGACAUUUUUCCCCCACCCCCGUUCUGCCCUACAUUUAUUUUCGCUCUUUUUUUUUUCCUCAUUCGGCUUAAUUCUUGGGAAUUAAUUGAAUUAUUCAGAGCCCAGGGAAAUUUUGCUAUAAACUGGGGGACAAUCUUAACACAAUAGAAUUAAGGAAGACUGCUCUUUUUUUCCCCCCUUUUAUACUGAGUGAAAAAGACACUCGUGAAGUGUUUCGAUACUGCAAUAUAUAUUAUGGGAUGGCAUAUCCUUGGAUGCUCACAGCACGUACGAUCCCUCUAGGAAUGGAGAGGAAUAACCUUCCAUCAGGAAAAAAAAGAAACUAGUACUGAAAAAACAAAAGCAAGCCAAGGUCCAUAAGAACAAAAAAAAAAAAGGGGAAAACGAACAGCUUAAAAGAAUUCUAGCGAUUUUAAAAUUUAUGGUUUUAUUGCUUGUUAAUUUUGCCUCUGAAAGUUGAACUGCAGUUCACCGUGACAAGACUUUUCAAGCCUCUGAAACGCUUCUCAGGCAGACAAAAUGUAGUUUAUUUUAUUGUUCUUUUGGGAAGGGAUUUUUGUUUUUUUG